AAUUUUUCUUUCAACACAAUGAAGUAAUAAGCCAAAUUUACCCAAUAAAUAGGAGAAUAAUUUUCUACGAUCUUAUAUAUACAUAACAAAGUAUUAUGGUAUUUGAUUUUUAGUGAUAUAUUUGACUACAUUACAAAUAAUUCAAGAGCUUAUACUUACAAAUGAAAAGAAGAAUUUGGUUUUGUCACAUAUUGCUCAUGAUACCAUGGUUUUUGGUGUACACAAUGGGACAUGUAACGGUAGACGAAAAGGCAGAAGCAACAAUACCAAACACAGCUUUAUCUCCACCAGAAGGAAACACUACAUUCCUUGAUGCAACAACUUGGUGUGUAGCAAUUCCUUGGGCACCUCAAAUGAAUCUACAGAUAGCACUGGAUUGGGCUUGUGGUGAAGGAAAAGCCGAUUGCAGUCUGAUCAAAGCCGGUGGACUGUGUUACGAGCCUAAUACGGUGGUUUCACAUGCUUCUUAUGCCUUCAAUGCGUAUUAUCAGCAGAAUGGUAACAAUGACAUUGCUUGCAACUUUGGUGGAACAUCUACAUUAACAAAGAAAGACCCAAGCUAUGGUAAAUGUUCUUAUGCUGCUUCCAGCCUCAGCCCCCUACGCUCGUCGACCACAAAGCAAGAUGCACAUAAUGUACUCAUUGGCAUUUUGAUGCUAUUAUACAUGACAAUAUGGUACAAUUAGACGUGAUUAUGUGAUUAAAAUAGGAGGAGAAUAUUUAGCUCAAGGACAGUAGUUAAGGAACGCUUUAAACUAAGUACUUUUGUUUGGAGAUUAAAACUAUUAUUUUGUUAGAAGGAUGCUUUUCUUUG